CCAAAAACUAUACUACACUCUCAAUCCACUCCCUCCUACACACACGCACACACGCACACACAUCAUGGCCGACCUCGACACCCACCCAGCACCCUCACCACCACCACAAGCCCCCACCAUCAUCCCCCAAUCCACGACCUCGCCUCUUCCCUCCGCCGUCGAAACCUCCUCAACCGCCCUCACAACCACCAACACAGCCGACAAAAAGAUAAUCAAAAAGAUAAUCAAAAAGAAACGCCGCCCAGCCAGACCCCAAGUCGACGCCACAACCUUCAAAUCCGAGCCCCCACCGCAAACCGGCACCAUCUUCAACGUCUGGUACAACAAAUGGUCCGGCGGCGACCGCGAAGACAAAUACCUCUCCAAAACCGCCGCGCCCUCGCGCUGCUCCGUCGCCCGCGACAGUGGGUACACCCGCGCCGACAAGAUCCCCGGCAGCUACUUCUGCCUCUUCUUCGCGCGCGGCUUGUGCCCGCGCGGCCACGAGUGCGAGUAUCUGCACCGCCUGCCGACGGUGACGGACGUGUACAAUCCGAACGUGGACUGCUUCGGCCGCGACAAGUUUGCGGAUUACAGGGAUGAUAUGGGCGGGGUGGGCUCGUUUAUGCGGAUGAAUCGCACGCUGUAUGUCGGCAGGAUCCACGUCACGGAUGAUAUCGAGGAGGUUGUCGCGCGGCAUUUUCAGGAGUGGGGGCAGAUUGACCGGAGUGAGUCGUCUUGUUGUUGUCUUUGCAUAAUAUCUACCCCUACACACCCCUUCUUCUCAUCAAACCCCCCGCUGCGCAAAAUUCACUAACAAACUACCAAAAAAACAGUCCGCGUCCUCACCGCCCGCGGCGUCGGCUUCGUAACCUACACCAACGAGGCCAACGGCCAGUUCGCAAAGGAGGCCAUGGCCCACCAAUCCCUCGACCACAACGAGAUCCUCAACGUCCG